GAAUGAUUCGGAUUAAAGAAAUGAUGGACGGUACAUAGUUUUCAGAACAAGAAUCUCAAUGGAUUUUAAUUAUAAAAAACAAAAACGAAAUGGGUCCAUUUUGACACCUCAUUAGGCCCUUUUAAUGUCAUAAUAAAACAUCAUAAAUCCAUAUGUUCGCAUAAGCAGCUUCCACUAUUCUUCUCCUUCAUCAAUCAUUGUCUCUCCCAUGACAUAUACCCAUGGAGGUUUCUGCAACAUCCGUGGCCGCAAAACCAGAAGAUAUUCAUAACCCAUCUUCCAUAACCACGCCCUCGAGAGAAGAGGAGAGUCAAAGGCCACAGAUCUUGACUCAGACAAGAUCUGAUCAUCUCUCAAAUCCUUACCCGACAACGUUUGUUCAAGCAGAUACUUCCACUUUCAAACAGGUUGUCCAGAUUCUCACAGGCUCGUCGGGAACCACCGCAAAGAAUCAAGAACCGCCGCCGUUCUCGAUCCCUCCGAUCAAGAACACCAAAAGCUUCAAGCUUUACGAGAGAAGACAGAACACAAACAACAAGAACAGCAUGUUCAUGAUCAACACGUUGAGGAUCCAUAGUCACAGCCCGAGAUUCUCUCCGAGGAACCCGGAGAUUCUUCUGUCUCCAAGUACGCUUGACUUUCCGAAGCUAGGGCUUAACAGUCCAGUUACGCCUCUGAGAAACGGUGACCCCUUCGACAAGGCAUCUCCCCUUUCGUCGUGCUCGUCUGAGGAAGAAAAAGCCAUUGCUGAAAAAGGGUUUUACCUUCACCCAUCUCCCGUUUCAACUCCACGACAUUCUGAGCCUCAGCUUCUGUCUCUUUUCCCGGUGACUUCGCCUAAACUGUCUUCUGAUCCAUAUAAUAAACCCUAGUGACCAAUCAAUAUAUUAUAUGAUCUCUGAUUUGGUUAAAUGUAUAAUAUAUGCAUUAAAAAAAGAUGUAUAAUAUAUGGCAAUAUGGCACAAUAGAUGUGUCUUUGAUUGUCCUAUGGAUUUUAGACGAUGCUUACAAACAUAAUCA